UACUAAACAUUCGAUCCACAUCAUCCAUUCACAGCCACCGCCCCAAUAAUGGAGCAGCCGCCGCAGAACGUAACCGCACUGGAUGGCAAGGACGCAACCAUAUCCUGUCGGGCCGUCGGCGCCCCAAAUCCCAACAUCACCUGGAUCUACAAUGAAACUCAAUUGGUCGAGCUAUCGAGCCGUUUCCAAAUACUCGAAUCUGGCGAUUUACUCAUCUCAAGCAUACGCGCCGCCGAUGCGGGCCUCUACAUCUGUGUGCGGGCCAACGAGGCAGGCAGCGUCAAGGGCGAGGCAUACCUGAGCGUACUGGUGCGCACACAAAUCAUCCAACCGCCGGUGAACACAACCGUGCUGCUCGGCCUAACCGCAACGCUGCAGUGCAAGGUGUCGAGCGAUCCGAGCGUGCCGUACAACAUCGACUGGUAUCGCGAGGGCCAAUCGACGCCCAUUGUCAAUUCACAGCGCGUUGGCGUCCAGGCGGACGGCCAGCUGGAGAUACAGGCGGUGCGAGCGAGCGAUGUGGGGACCUACGCGUGUGUGGUGACAUCGCCCGGCGGCAACGAGACGCGCUCGGCAAUGCUCAGUGUCAUCGAGCUGCCGUUCCCGCCCAGCAAUGUGCGGGUGGAGCGCCUGCCCGAGCCCCAUCAGCGCAGCAUCAAUGUGUCCUGGACGCCGGGCUUCGAUGGCAACAGUCCAAUAGACAAAUUUAUUAUACAGCGUCGCGAGGUCUCCGAACUGGAAAAAUUCGUAGGUCCAGUACCUGAUCCGCUCCUCAAUUGGAUCACCGAACUGACCAACGUUUCUGCCGAUCAACGUUGGAUCGUGCUGGAUAAUCUGAAAGCCGCCACCGUCUAUCAGUUUCGGGUGAGCGCCGUCAAUCGUGUCGGCGAGGGCUCACCGUCGGAGCCAAGCAACAUCGUCGAGCUGCCCCAAGAAGCUCCAUCGGGCCCGCCCGUUGGCUUUGUCGGCUCGGCCAGAUCAAUGUCGGAAAUCAUAACGCAAUGGCAGCCGCCGCUCGAGGAGCAUCGCAAUGGCCAGAUACUGGGCUAUAUAUUGCGCUACCGUCUCUAUGGCUACAACAAUGUGCCUUGGUCGUAUCAGAACAUAACGAACGAGGCGCAACGCAAUUUUCUCAUACAGGAGCUGAUCACCUGGAAGGAUUAUAUAGUUCAGAUCGCUGCGUACAAUAAUAUGGGCGUGGGCGUCUACACCGAGGGCGCCAAGAUCAAGACCAAGGAGGGCGUACCCGAGGCACCGCCCACCAAUCUGCGUGUGCUCGCCCUGAACUCAACGGCUGUGCAGAUUAGCUGGACCCCACCGAAUCCCCAGCAGAUCAACGGCAUCAAUCAGGGCUAUAAGAUCCAGGCGUGGCAACAGCAUCUGAUUGAGGGCGAGUAUCAGGACUUGGAGAAGCGCAUGAUCACCGUGCCGCCCAGCUUGAUUGAUCCGCUGGCCGAGCAGACGGCCACGCUGAAUGGCCUGGAUAAGUACGCCAAGUACAACAUCACCGUGCUCUGCUUCACCGAUCCCGGCGACGGUGUCAUCAGCCAGAAGGUGUCCGUCAUGACCAAAGAGGAUGUGCCCGACGAGAUAACUGCCCUGCACUUCGACGACAUCUCCGAUCGUUCCGUAACCGUCCUUUGGGCACCGCCCCGUCAUGCCAAUGGUGUGCUCACGGGCUAUACGGUGCGCUACCAGAUGCGCGAUCGUCCGGAGACGAUGAAGUCGAUCAAUCUAACUGCCGAGGAUACGCAGCUGACGGUCAAUCAGCUGCAGGCGACCACGCACUACUGGUUCGAGAUCUGUGCCUGGACGCGAAUUGGCCGGGGCACGCCCAAGACGGCGACCAUACAGUCGGGCGUGGAGCCAGUUCUGCCGCAUGCACCGACCAACCUGGCACUGUCCAACAUUGAGGCGUUCUCUGUGGUGCUGCAGUUUACGCCCGGCUUCGAUGGCAACUCGAGCAUCACCAAAUGGAAAGUGGAAGCCCAGACGGCACGCAACAUGACCUGGUUCACCAUAUGCGAGAUCAGUGAUCCCGAUGCGGAAACUCUCACGGUCACCGGCUUGAUGCCCUUCACCCAGUACCGUUUGCGUCUGAGCGCCACCAAUGUGGUGGGCAGCUCGCGUCCCUCCGAGCCCACCAAGGACUUCCAGACCAUACAGGCACGUCCCAUGCACGCACCGUACAACGUCACCGUGCGGGCCAUGAGCGCCCAGCAGCUGCGCGUGCGCUGGAUACCGCUGCAGCAGACCGAGUGGUUCGGCAAUCCGCGCGGCUACAACAUCAGCUACCGUCAAGUGGACCACAAAGCGGGCACGAUCAAGCACCCACCGCGCAGCACGCUCAUCGAAGAUCAUACGGCCAAUUCGCAUGUGCUCGAUGGCCUGGAGGAAUGGACUCUCUACGAGGUGCUAAUCAAUGCCUGCAACGAUGUCGGCUGCUCGCGCGCCAGCAACGCGGCGGAGGAGCGUACUCGCGAGGCGACGCCCAGCUACGGUCCGCUAGAGGUCGAGGCGAAUGCGACGUCCUCAACCACCGUGGUGGUGCGCUGGGGUGAGGUGCCGCGCCAACAUCGCAACGGACAAAUCGAGGGCUACAAAGUGUUCUACGCGGCCACAGAUCGAGUCGUGCCGGUGCUGCACAAGACCAUACCGAACAACAGUUCGUUCACCACCACCCUGACGGAGCUGAAGAAAUACGUGGUCUAUCAUGUGCAAGUGCUGGCCUACACCAGAUUGGGUGACGGUGCGUUGAGUACGCCACCGAUACGUGUCCAGACGUUUGAGGAUACGCCCGGAGCACCGUCGAAUGUCAGCUUCCCGGAUGUGACAUUCUCGAUGGCGCGCAUCAUUUGGGACGUGCCCGAUGAUCCGAAUGGCGAGAUACUCGCCUACCAGGUCACCUACACUCUGAACGGCAGCGCCAAUCUGAACUAUAGUCGCGAGUUUCCGCCCUCGGAUCGCACUUUCCGUGCCACCCAGUUGCUGCCCGAGCGCUACUACACCUUCAGUGUGACCGCCCAGACGCGCCUCGGCUGGGGCAAGACGGCCUCCGUGCUGGUGUACACCACCAACAACAGGGACCGUCCGCAGGCACCGUCAGUGCCGCAGGUUUCGCGCAGCCAGAUUCAGGCUCAUCAGAUCACCUUCAGCUGGACGCCGGGCAGAGAUGGCUUCGCGCCGUUGCGCUACUAUACGGUGCAAAUGCGCGAGAAUGAGGGUCCGUGGCAGCCGCUGCCGGAGCGCGUCGAUCCCUUGGUCAGCUCGUACACGGCUGUUGGACUGAAGCCCUAUACCACCUACCAGUUCCGGAUUCAGGCCACCAACGAUCUGGGCCCCUCGGCGUUCAGUCGCGAAAGUAUUGUGGUGCGCACGCUGCCCGCCGCCCCCGCCGUUGGUGUCGGUGGCUUGAAGGUGGUGCCCAUUACGACGACCUCGGUGCGCGUGCACUGGAGCGCACUGGAGACGGGCAUGUGGAACGGAGAUGCAGCCACUGGCGGCUAUCGCAUAUUGUAUCAACAGCUCUCCGACUUCCCCACCGCCCUGCAGUCGACCCCGAAAACGGAUGUCAUGGGCAUCAAUGUGAACAGCGUGGUGCUCUCCGACUUGACCCAGGAUCGCAAUUAUGAGAUCGUCGUCUUGCCGUUCAACUCCCAGGGACCGGGUCCGGCUACCCCGCCAGCUGCUGUCUACGUUGGCGAGGCGGUGCCCACGGGUGAGCCGCGUGCCGUGGACGCAGCCGCCAUAUCCAGCACUGAGGUGCGCCUGCGCUGGAAGCCACCGAAGCAGAGCAUGCAGAAUGGCGACAUUUUGGGCUACAAGAUCUUCUACCUGGUCACAUAUUCACCGCAGGCACUCGAGCCCGGCCGCAAGUGGGAGGAGGAGAUCGAAGUUGUCUCGGCCACGGCCACAUCGCACAGUCUCGUCUUUCUCGACAAAUACACCGAGUACCGCAUCCAGCUGCUGGCCUUCAAUCCCGCUGGCGACGGACCACGCUCCGCUCCCGUUACGGUCAAAACGUUGCAGGGUGUUCCCAGUGCCCCGCUGAACUUACGCUUCUCGGACAUCACCAUGCAGAGCCUGGAGGUUAGCUGGGAUCCGCCCAAGUUCCUCAAUGGCGAAAUCCUUGGCUAUCUGGUCACCUACGAAACCACCGAGGAGAAUGAGAAGUUCAGCAAGCAGGUGAAGCAGAAGGUAUCGAACACGACGCUACGAGUUCAGAAUCUGGAGGAGGAGGUCACCUAUACGUUCACUGUGCGCGCCCAGACGAUUGACUACGGCCCGGCGGUUAGUGAGAAUGUGACCACCGGUCCACAGGACGGCUCACCCGUAGCACCACGCGAUCUCAUACUCAGCAAGACGCUGUCCAGCGUCGAAAUGCACUGGAUCAAUGGUCCGUCCGGUCGUGGACCCAUACUUGGUUACCUCAUCGAGGCCAAGAAACGUGAAAAAGGAGAGCCGUCGUUCAUAUUUUCUCAACUCACAGACGACUCGCGCUGGACAAAGAUCGAUCAGACAAAGAAGGGGCCCAUGCAAGACUAUACCGUUAGCUACCACAUACUAAUGCCAUCGACCGCAUACACAUUCCGUGUGAUCGCCUACAACCGUUACGGCAUCUCGUUUCCGGCGUACUGCAAGGACUCGAUACUGACCCCAUCGAAGCUGCAUCUGGAGUACGGUUACUUGCAGCACAAGCCCUUCUACAGGCAGACUUGGUUCAUGGUCUCGCUGGCGGCCACAUCGAUAGUCAUCAUCGUGAUGGUCAUUGCCGUGCUCUGCGUGAAGAGCAAGAGCUACAAGUACAAGCAGGAGGCACAGAAGACACUGGAAGAGUCCAUGGCCAUGUCGAUUGAUGAGCGUCAGGAGCUGGCACUGGAGCUGUAUCGUUCGCGUCACGGCGUCGGCACUGGCACCCUGAACAGCGUGGGCACACUCCGCAGCGGCACCCUGGGCACUCUCGGCCGCAAGUCGACCAAUCGGCCACCCACUAGCGCUCAAUUGGGCAAAAGUCCACCAAGGCCCUCGCCUGCCUCGGUGGCCUAUCAUAGUGACGAGGAGAGCCUGAAGUGCUACGACGAGAAUCCCGAUGACAGCAGCGUAACCGAGAAGCCAUCCGAAGUGAGCAGCUCUGAGGCCUCGCAGCACUCGGAGAGCGAGAAUGAGAGCGUGCGCAGCGAUCCGCAUUCGUUCGUCAAUCAUUAUGCCAAUGUGAAUGACUCGCUGCGACAGUCGUGGAAGAAGACCAAGCCGGUGCGCAACUAUUCCAGCUACACUGACUCCGAGCCCGAGGGCAGCGCCGUAAUGAGCCUCAAUGGCGGCCAGAUCAUCGUCAAUAACAUGGCCCGAUCGCGGGCUCCAUUGCCCGGCUUCUCGUCAUUCGUUUGACAAUCAACUGAGUUCUAAGAUCUAAGCAACAGCAGCAGCAACACCGUCAUCAGGGAGACCUUUGUGUAAGCAUGCCCCCGGACGCGCACAUCGGACAUCGGAAAUCGUAAAUCCCCGACUGCAGCCAUCUAUCUGCAAGGA